AUGCGUAAAGUUUGGCUUCUCGCCAGCGCCGUGCUGGCGUUUCUCAAUUUCGUGAAAUCGCAGGAGGUGGCCCGAACGCUGUACAGCGCAAGAUAUGAUAAUCUGGACAUUGACACCAUUUUGGGCAGCAAUCGGUUGGUCUCGAACUAUGUUGACUGUUUGCUGAGCCGCAAACCGUGCCCACCGGAGGGCAAGGAUCUGAAGCGAAUUCUCCCCGAAGCACUGCGGACUAAGUGUGCCCGCUGUUCGCCGAUCCAGAAGGAGAAUGCACUGAAGAUCAUCACCCGCCUGUACUUCGACUACCCGGACCAGUAUCGUGCGUUGCGCGAACGCUGGGACCCGUCCGGCGAGUAUCACCGGCGCUUCGAGGACUACCUUCGGGGACUGCAGUUCAACCAGAUUGGCGGCAAUGGAGGAACUAAUGGCGGCCAAGCACCCUCUGGUGGUGACAAUGGAAACACGGUGGUAGAGAACGGUGGUGGUAACGAUAGGCCGGUAAGAAAUGACCUCGAUCGACAGCCCGCAAGCCAGAGCAGCAAUGUACAGGCCGUAGUGAUUGAUCCGACGUUGUCCAGCGGCAGUGUGAAUACGCUCCUUGCCAACCCUCCUCCACCGCCAGCGCCAGCGACCGAACGACCCAGGCCCCCGGCACCGGUAGCACAAAUUUUGUUCCCUACCACUUCCGUCACUAGCGAAACCCGUACUACCACUGCUCCGCCAUUGGUAGUGGUGAAUCGAUUCGGUGAAGAUGCUGCCACGGUUAGACCACCGCCGGUACAAACGGUGCCCACCACGACUACGCAAAGGACAACCACCACCGUGAGGCAAACGCGCCCAGUAACACGUCAAACCACGACCCGAAAUACUCAACGCACUACAACCAGAUUUAUCACACGUGUGCCACCGACCCCGCCACCAACACCUUCACGAACGACGCCGACAACGACGACGACCAUUUUACCACCAAGACCUCCACCACCACCACCUCCACCACCACCAUCACGACCACUACCACCACCAGCACAACAACAACCACUACUCCCACAGGCACCACAACAACCGCCACAACAGGCUUAUCCAACCAUAUUUUACGAGCGGCCUCAGGCCCCGCCACCGAGGGCGACCGCUCCGCCACCACCACCUCCACCGAUCUACGUGCCGGACUCUGCUCCGACACCGUACGGCACCACCCCGGACAGCAUUAUUGAUCACUUCUUUGUUCCGCCAUCAUCGCAGGCCGCGAACCCGCCGCUGCCUCCCAGCCCGAUCGUCGGACUCUGGAAUCAGCUCGGCACGAAGAUAGCGGACACCGCGGAUGCCAUCGCCGGCAUGCUGCAGAAAACGGUCGACGUCCUGGUGACGAGCCACAUCCAGUCGCACCAGCGGGCGCUCCGGCGUACCUAG